AUCCUCCCUCCCUCCCCGCUCGGCCGUUGCUCCCACCGACCACAUCUUGAUUCUCCUGGAGAGACGUUCUCGGGGGACUGCCACCAACAUUUAUUCUUAGCUUUAGUCUCAGCUCUCGCUCCGCACUUGUCCUCCACUCGUCUUUUUCUCUGUCUUUUCCUUCUGUAUUUGGUUUAUCCCGUUUAGUUUGAUUCAACUUUUUCCUGCUUCCUGUCAAAAGUUUUUUUUUUUUUUUGUCUUUUAGUUUGUGACUCAACACUAUCUUGUCUCGUUUUUGUUUGGUCCCAACUAAACUUUCAGCUUUUUUUUUUCUAGCAUUAUUUUAAUAAUUUUUUUUUCUCCAAAAAUUCCUAGUCAUCAAGUUUUUCAACUGCUGCCUCCUCUUCAACUCCCUCCAUCCUCCUCCUCUUGAACAGCUCUGCACUCGUGCAUGAUGGGAAAGACGGAGCUGUAUUCUCUCUUCAAGGGUCUCCUGGACUGUGUUUGCCUCUGUCUACCUCGGAGCGGUGAAGAAGCUGCAGACAUAAAUAACCAGCGGGACACGGAGAACGGUCACCUGAUCUACAAAAAUGGAGACAUCCUGGUGGACAGAUAUGAGAUCAUGGACACUCUGGGGGAGGGAACGUUUGGGAAGGUGGUGCAGUGUGUGGACCGCAGCAGGGGGGGAAGCCAAAUCGCUCUGAAGAUAAUUAAAAACCUGGAGAAAUACAGAGAAGCUGCCAAACUGGAGAUUAAUGUGUUGGAGAAAAUUAUAGAGCGAGAUCCACACAACAAGAAACACUGUGUGCAGAUGCUGGACUGGUUCAACUUCUAUGGCCACGUGUGCAUCUCCUUCGAGCUGCUGUCUCUCAGCACCUUUGACUUCUUGAAGGCAAACAGCUUCCUGCCUUAUCCUAUUAACCAGAUCCGACACAUGGCCCAGCAGAUCUGUCACGCUGUCAGUUUUCUCCAUGACAACAAGCUAACUCACACCGACCUGAAGCCUGAGAACAUCCUGUUUGUUAACUCAGAGUACUCCAUCGUAUACAACACCGAGAAGAAGUGCAAUGAGAGGAGAGUAAACAACACAACAGUUCGCCUCAUUGACUUUGGCAGCGCCACCUAUGACCACGAACACCACUCUACGCUCAUCUCCACCCGUCACUACAGAGCCCCGGAGGUCAUCAUGGAGCUGGGGUGGAGUCACCCGUGUGACGUCUGGAGCAUCGGCUGCAUCCCGUGGCACGGACCUUAUCUGCUUGACAUGGGGGUUCACUUACAGACACAUGACAACAGGGAGCACAUGGCCAUGAUGGAGAGAAUACUGGGACCAAUUCCUCAGAGAAUGAUCCGCAAGAGCAGGAAACAGAAGUACUUCUAUCAUGGGCGUCUAGACUGGAAUGAACACUCCAAGUCCGGACGCUAUGUGAAAACCAAAUGCAAACCACUGAGAAAAUACCUGAUGUCUCAUGGGAGAGACCAUCACAACUUUUUUAAUCUGGUGGAGACGUUGCUCGAUUACGAGGCUUCCAAACGCGUUUCCCUCUCCUCCGCUCUGAGCCAUCCCUUCUUCACGACCUCCAGUGACCCGGGGAAGAGACAGAGCUGGAGAAACAGCUGUGAUCUGGGCCGAUGACAUUCACGUCUCAGUCAUCUCCUCAGUGUAGAAACUGAAAAACAAAAG